AUGCGUCUUACAUACUCACUCUUCGCGUCUGUCGCGCUCGCCUCGUUAUCGUUUACACCGGAGGAAGACAUCACGCCUAUACCCGACGAAGAAUGGGAUCAUAUAAUCCGCGGCGCAAGUAUUGGCGGAGCAGCAUAUGCGAACGAAGUACACCCGAGCUACAUCUCGGACUAUCAGCUGCGAGCAAAAGAGUUGGAUCCAGGAACACUUGGAGUCGAUACCGUAAAGCAGUAUAGCGGCUACCUAGACGAUGUUCAAGACGACAAGCACAUCUUCUUUUGGUUCUUUGAAUCGCGCAACGAUCCGAAAAACGACCCGGUUCUAAUCUGGCUUAAUGGCGGCCCUGGAUGCUCGUCGCUAAUCGGCCUCUUUGAUUCACUCGGCCCCUCACGAAUCCCUGACAAGAGCCAUAAGCCUGUGAGAAAUGCACACUCUUGGAAUAACAAUGCAUCUGUUAUUUUCAUCGAACAGCCUGUCAACACUGGCUUCUCAUACAGCAAAAACCACAUCAAGUCGAGCGUCGCCGCGGCCAAAGACAUGGCUGCCUUCCUGGACCUGUUCUUCACCAAGUUUAAGCAAUACAGUACGCAGCCGUUCCACAUUGCCGGGCAAUCCUACGCAGGCCACUGGAUCCCUGCGCUCGGUCACGAAAUUGUCACCAAAAACUACACCAACAUCAAUCUCAAGAGUCUGCUGAUUGGCAACGGUCUCACAGACUGUCUGUCGCAGUACCGACACUUUGCUCCGAUGGCCUGCGGCAAGGGCGGCCAUCCUGCGGUGCUUGGUGCCGGAGACUGCAAAGCCAUGGAAGAGGGUGUUGCAAAGUGCGAGCCGUAUAUUCAAAAGUGCUACGACUCACUUACUGAGUCGGCAUGCUCAGAGGCUACCAAAGUGUGCAACAAUGCCGUGUUCCCCAUCUACGGCCGGUCUGGGAGAUCGCACUACGAUGUUCGAGUCCGAUCGGGCGACGAGUACAAGGGCUAUGCACCCGAGUGGCUGAACAAGGCUGAGGUUAAAAAAGCACUUGGUGUCGAAUCAAACCGCCGAUACGAGCGCUGCAAUGGCGGUGUGUAUCAAGAGGUCGUGGGAAGUGGUGACUGGAUGCAGCCGCGCCACCGUGUGAUCCCAGAAAUAUUGACCAAGAUUCCUGUUCUUGCAUACUCGGGCGAUGCUGAUUUUAUUUGCGCAUGGCUCGGUAAUCAGGCUUGGACAGCUGCUCUUGAGUGGCCUGGUAAGCAGGCGUUUAACGAAGCAAAGUUGACGCCCAUCAAUUUGAACGGCAAGGAGUACGGCAAGGUCAAGCACGCCAAGAGGCUUGCCUUUAUGCAAGUGUAUAACGCUGGGCACUCAGUUGCUCAGAGUCAGCCUGAAGCAGGUUUGGAUUUCGUAAAUCGCUGGAUGAAGGGUGAAUGGCAAACAUAG